CUCGACACAGGGAAACACACACACACACACACAGACACACACACACACACCAAUGAUCGCUUUUGAGUGGAUUUUACCCCGUCAAUACAUCACUACUGUCGUGAGAAAGAAAUCGGUUGAAUCGACGUGAAGUCCGAUUAAAAGUUGUAGCAGUGUACCCCCGCCGUCAUGCCCGACGGACUAGUAACAAGCAGCAAUUCUCUUGUACUACCAGGAGUCUGCAGAACGAGGCCACGGGGAUCGACCUGAUGGUCCCUCUUUUCCAAGAGGUGCACGGGGCCAUGAUGACGGGCCACGUUGAGUACCACAUUAUUGUCAUUACAAGGAUGGUUGCCUUCAAAUCUACGAGACAUAAGCCAGGGGAUGUAGUGCAACUGGUGGUAUCCAAAAAGUACAGCGAAAUGGACGAGUUUUAUUACAGACUCGUCGCCCGCUAUCCCAACUUUCCCCUACCUGCCAUGCCACGCAAGACCUUAUUUGUGGGAGAGAGUGACAUUCGUGAGCGCAGGGCGGCCUUUGAUGAGCUCAUGAAGGCCAUAGCUAAGCACCCCACACUCGCUACCUGUUCGGACUUGAUGGAGUUCCUAGGCGCUAAGUCCUGUGAUGUGGACGUGAAAAGUAGAAAUGUGUUACUUGGUGAGGAGCCAGCGGAAGAGGAGGAGGAGGACAAUUUCUUCCUAGGCGACGAGGCAUUAGCUCCCAGCACCAGAAGACCAGCAGUGCAGCCAAGGAAGCCCAGUCCCAUUAAAGAGAAGGAGAACAAAACCAAUGGUGAUGAGGAGGAGGAGGAGGCGAAGAGUGAAGAGCUGUAUCUUGAUCCUUUAGGAAACACCAAGUCAAUCCCUAAGAAGGCCAAGCCACCGGUGAAGCCUAAACCUAUGAAUGCACCUCUGUUUGAAGAUGACGAGCCUGUGGAUACUGACUUCCUUCAAUAUUCUAAUAAAGAAGGCCAUUUUAAGUUGUUUGAGGAUCCAGUCCUUGGUGGGACAGUGAACCUGGGGGAUUCCCUGUUGCUUCCGACUGCACACGGACAGCAGUCAGAGCCCUCUGCCGGGCUGUUUUUGGAUGAAGAAACGGACACACUAUUUAGGAUACAGGACGACUUUGACAAGCUUCUGCAGGUGACGAAAAGGAAUAAAAACAAACCGUCUACAGCCCCAAAGCCCAACUUGAAGCCGAAACCCACAUUGUUGGAGAAGCCUUUGGCUGCGGCGGCUCCGCUGUCUGUAGAUCAGCUCAAGGGCCAGAUCGACAUCCUCAAGUACAUCCAACAAAAUGAGUCUGAUGGCACUCUGGAGGAAGACCUGUUCUAAGUGCCUCAAUGCUCUUUAGUGGAAAAACUCUGUGUUCACUCAAAAUGAUGCAAUUAUCAUGUUCCAAGAUUGGAUUAUCGGUCUUUGAAUCUUAUUUUACCGCCUUUUGUGAAACCUUUAAGCAUUAGCACUUUAUUCUGAAUAUUGUUUGCAUAAAUAUUGAUCACACUAUUAACAUGAAUUUAUAGACUAAUGGCACAAAUUACAUUUUGUGAGUGACGCAGCAAUUAGACAUUAAGAAACUAAUCCUAAUGGCUCAGGCAGGUUACUGGGAACACGUGGCGAAGGUUAUUGUUGGGAUGGAAAAUGCAGUCCCUUUUUAUUUUUUUUUAAAGCAAACAGGAUUUUUUCUGGACUUUGCCCUUAGCCAGUUUAAAUAUUGGAUUUAACUGGCAUUUUUACAUUUAUGAGAGGGCAAUAUUGGAAGACUUGAUUUUUCACAGGCUGUUAAUUAAUAACCUAUAGGGAUGUUUGCUUGUAGAACAUUUUCACAGUAUUAACGUUAACAGUCUAGUUGAAAAGUCUCAUCAUUGUGUGUCUAUAAUUAACAAUCAAAUACUAUGAUAAUAUGCUGUGAGAAAGCUAUCUCCAUUACUCUUUUUACUACUUUACACUAUUAUUUUGUCACAUUAACAUUAACCACAUUGCUGUGAUUAAAUGAAGCUGGGAAAUGCCUGUGACCGAUUGAUUAUAAAAAACAUACAUUUUGUGCCUUUAAGUGCUUCCAUCAAUAAAGAUGAGGACCUACCAGG